AUGAACCUGUCAGAUCUUUCUCUGACACCAUUCAAUAUUAUCUAUGUAUUUGCAAAACCCGAAUUUCACCAUGAACAAACAUACUGGUCUCGUUUGAGAAUAUUCAUCAUGGAUACUUUACAAAAUCAAUCUAAUUAUGCAACGUUUUCGAAAAUGAUCAAAUCUUUAAAGUCGGAUGAUGCUCGAGACGCCAUGAACCUACUUAGUAUUAGAUUUCUUGGUUCCCUUAAUCCCGUGAGAAUCAUGGACUCUAAUGAACUUGCAUUAGUCAGGUUUGUGAUGUCCGAAGGUGUCUUGACAUAUGAAGGAGACUUUCGAAAUUCAAAAAUAUUUAGAAUCUCUUCUCCGUUAAUAGAUUUACUUCAUCCGGCAAUUUAUCAUUCCUGA